UCUAGCCUAUCUCUAUAGUUCUUUGUGCAAAAACUGCCACAAAGAUACUUCUACAUUUUCUGGAUGUGCUGUUUUACUACAAGCAUGGGGAUGGUCAAGACUACCGUCUCUAGCACCGGUCAAUAGCAACCCCUUCACUUUUCCAUAUGCAAAAAAGUAAGUUGUUUAAAUUGCUAUAUCUUUACUUCCUUCCUUACAGUUUAUUACCCAUAACUAAUUUAUUUUAACUUUUUGGUGUAGAUGGUCGGCACGCGGUAUGAAUUACAGCAGAUGUCCGAGACACUGUAUUACUCAAUAUCGCAACCUGUUGGAUCACCUUCGACCGGCAGACUUCAUUUGGCGUCCAUACCUUAAUAUGGAUCAUGAGCAUCAGAUCAACCCUGAAGACGCAGCCGUAUGGACAACAUGCACACCAAUAAUACGGUUCACAACAGUGGAGCUGCACAACACCGAUCGUGUGAAGCUGCAGUUUGGUAUGGUCCAGAAUAUCCCAGAUCCCCCAGCUAGCCUAGGAGAAUGGCAUAUGCGUAAAGUGAACGACCAAUGGAACUUCAACCCUUGGCAACAAUUCGCAAGAUCAGAGUGUCGCAAGUGGAAGCACCGUCAUGACCAUGUCUUAACUGACGCAGUCAUGCCAAAUGAGGUAAAACCAAGUCGUACUUAUAUGGCUUGGUAUAGAUCAGUUGGAUUUCAAUUCAUCGCCGAUGAUAUGUACCUCUACGACCCACGCCAGACAACUUACACACAAGAAGCCUCAACAUCUAACCCCCAACAACAUUCUCAGCCCAAUUACUCACAACCACCUACCCGACAAACUUUCCGUUCCACAAACACACAAACAUACAACCAAAACAUGCCAUUCACCCAACCCCAAAACCAAGAACAUCCCCCAUACCACCACCAACAAAUGGACCAUCAACCUUCGACCGAACAUCGCUUCGCACCCACACCAUCACCCUACCAAAGUCGCCUUACCCAAAACACUAACCGCCCCAUCACCUACCGUAGCCAAGAACCCCAAACAUCACAAUACCAAAACAUCCCACAACCAUAUCUCUUCCAAACACCCCAACAACCUUUCCAACCUUUCCUAGACCCAUCAUUGUCACCCAUGUCCCCCUUCAACCGUCCUGGUCGCCCAUCCAUGAGUCAACCACACCCCAACUUCUCUGGCAUGGGUCAUGAGCUCAGCUACGCCGGUACACCAUCAUUGAAUACUGAAGACUAUGCUGAGUUGGCUGAAUACCUCAACGGAUCUUCUCCUGUAGGCGGUAAUGACGCUCCUGGACCAUCAGAUGAACAAACACCGGUUCAGAAUCGUCAACGUGGGUUAGGGCCAAGGGUUAGGAUAGCUAGGGGAUGUGGGACCGGAGGUCGGUUAGGUGAUCCCGGUCAUCACCAUUAGGAUUCAUUGUGUAAAAUCCAAAUUUUAUUAAUAUCAAUUCGUAUUAUGUCAAA